AUGAAUCGUGCUCAAAUGUUAUUAGAACAAGACCCUAAUUACUCAAAGGGCUUCAAAUUUGGACAUGUGUGGAGCAUUCUUCAAGGUAUUGAAAAAUUCAACAGUGACAACAUCAAAGCUGCAUCUACGAGAGUGCAACGACAAAUUGCUCAAGCUGAUUAUUCUCAAUCAUAUAAUCUCGAGAAAGAUGUUUAUUCACCUUCAUCUCCACAUGUCUCUUCGUUUAAUCUUAACAUCACUGAUUCAGACAGUGGUGGUACUUCAACUAAACGACCUAUUGGGGUGAAGAAAAGGGUGUUGACAACUGAGGCUGAGUUAGAUGUUAUGGCAAGAUAUGAGACUGAAGUGUGGAAUCGACUGAGACCGAGACAUCGAGGUAUAUUGGCAAUUGAGGCUAAGACCGGGAAGGAGUUAGGAUCCGGAGCUGAGACAAAAGUGAUCAUAUCAGUGACUGAGACUGGGAAGGAGUCGGUGAUUGAGACUGGGAGGGUGUCGGAAUUUGAGGCUGAGACUGAGAAAGUGUCAAGAUCCAGAGCCAAGACUAAAGCGAUAUGCGAGGUUGAGACAAAAGCAAUAUUGGCGACUGAGAUGGAGACUGAGACUGAGAAGGUGUCAGGAUCUGGAGUCAUGACAGAAACGAUGUCGGCGACUAAAACCAAUAUUGAGAUGGAGUUGGUGUUUGAGACGAACCCUCUGUUUGGGAGCAAGUGA